AUGAACUUCAAUUCUUCGAACGAUUCACUUCAUCUCCUCCUUCGCGAGUCGCUCCACGUCUCCUCAUAUGCCUCAUUGUCUUAUGCAACUCCGGCGAUGUUGGUUAAGCCUCUUGGCUCUGAGUGUGUCGGGAUAGCUGUUGUUAUAGAACGCAAUAGCGUCGUCUUGGGCUCUCACACUGGCUCCAGUAAGACUAGGGAUGUUAUGUACAGGGUUAGGACCUAA